AUGUCUACCACGACGACCACUGAAGCACCAGAGAGCUAUAAGCUCGAGCUUAUGUCUGCUUAUGGCACUGUUUUCCGCGACGUACUGAGAACCCCGCCUCGGGACUGCAACGCCUCCGAGGUCCCCGUCAUCGAUCUCUCCAACCUCCGGGGCACCGAGUCCGAGCGCAAAGACCUCGCCGCCACCAUCCGCGACGCAGCCGAGAACACGGGGUUUUUUUACAUCAAGAAUCACGGCGUUCCCAAGUCUACGAUAGAAGCGGCCUUCAAGCAGGCGCAGACCUUCUUCUCGCAACCCAGUGAGAAGAAGGCGCUCGUCGCACAGAAGAAGUCCAAGUUCUUCAACGGAUGGACAGAGAAGCGCGCUGCGCAGAUUUCGCCGACAGAGACCAAAGACCAUCGCGAGGGGUUCAGCUUUCGUUAUGACCCGCGGUAUGAUCCCGAGACCAAGGAUCCGGAUGCCGUGCCCGAAGAGGUGAAGCCGUGGAUGAAACAUGAGGAUUUUGUGUGGGAGGGAACGAGCCAUUUACCAGCCUUCAAAGAAGAAAUGAUUACCUACUGGCAGAGCUGUCUCACACUUGCGAGAAGUCUUAUCAAGCUUUUUGCUCUAGCGUUGGAUGUACCAGAGACUGACAGUGUUGUCAAUUACUACCCCAAAAACACUGAAGCGCAAGACGCCAUCAUCGACGUCGGUCUCGGAGCACACACCGACCUUCAGUGCUUCACCCUGCUCUGGCAAGACAGCGUUGGUGGGCUGCAAGUCCUUACAAAGGAUGGUCAGUGGAUCAAGGUGCCACCGGUCCCCGACACCUUCGUCAUCAACAUUGGCGACUUCUUUCAGAGGCUUUCCAACGACCGUUUCCAGUCGACGGUGCACCGGGUCUUCAACUACGCCCCCGAGGACCGGUACUCGAUGCCUUUCUUUUUCGGCUUCAAUCACAACGAGCAGUGCGCCGUACUGCCGACGUGCACCGACGAAAAGAACCCACCAAAGUACGAACCGAUUAGCUGCGGUGAGGAAAUGCUGACAUUUUUCAAAGUGGUGUCGACGGAGGUUCGACAAGACGUUUGA